AUACGUACUUGCACCGCUUUGCAAGGUGACAAAAUAAGCUCAAUAUUGAACUUUCCUUCGCCAAGUAUGCACAGCGCCGCUUAAAUUUUGAAACUACUGUCGUCUUGUGCAAAGAAGCCCUUAAAGAUUGCCAUUCCCUAUUCUACAUGUAUCGACUAUAUGCUUUUGCGUUAGGAAGUCCGUCAAGCACAAGCACUGGUGACAUGCCAGGCGGCAUGUGUUCGGAGUAGCAGGUCGAGCUCGCAGUUUAUUAACUGGUCUACAAAGUAACAAGCCGCCAGGAGCGAACAACCAUGCGGGGCUCAGGGGCGUCGUUCUCCGGCGAGCGCGCAGAUGAGGCGCUCAAAGACAUGCGCUCAAAGGUUUCCAGCAGUGGCGAGGCUGGUUGGAAGGCCCCGGUGCCGAAGUCCCACAAGGAGGAGGUCGGCGCGGCAUUCCAGAGCGCUCAUAACAGUUCAGGAUGGGACCGGAAGGCGCGCUGGCAGCGGGCCGUGAACCUGGCCAAGGCUAAGAUGGGCAUCAGUGGGCCGGAUGAGUCCAUAGACAAGUGGGGGCCGGCGUCCAAGGACGGGGCCGCCGCCGAGGACCCGGACCGCCGGCGCGCCUCCACGCCGCUCAACCGGCGCGGAAGCAUGACGGGCGUCCCCGACGGCCUGGGCGGGUUGGGCGGCGGCCGCGGCGGCGUGCACGGCAUCGCCGAGCUGCGCACCCCCGUGGCUCUCAAGGAGCAUCUCAAGCGCGGCAAGGGCGUGCGGGAGAGCGGCGGCGGCAUACAGCUGGCCACGCUGGAGGUGGCUUGGGAGGCGCCGCUGUGCGAAGAGGACGCGGCGGCGCUGGUGGAGAAGUGGGAGAACCGGCGCCAGAUGCUGGGUGCGGCGCCCAUGUCCCCGAGCCGGGGGCCGCUCAUGAGCCCAGCCGACCGAGCGCUGCGGGCCUGGACCAACAACAACACCCCCGGCAGCGGCACGGACAACAGCGGCGGCCCGGGUACGCCAGCCAGCGGCGGCGCCGUCGCCGCCAGCAGCAACAACAGCCCCGCAGCGCUCACGGCGGCGGCGGCAGCCGCAGGCCGCGGCAUCGUGCAGCUCCGGCGGUUCAGCGAGACGGGGUCGGCCAGCGUUGCCGGUAGCGGCGGCAGCUUUCCGUCCAUGCGGCGGAGCGGUGUGUUUGACUCGAUCAUUGCCAGGCGGCAGCCGCAGCUGCUGGAAGGAGCUGCGGCAGGAGGGCCGGGAGUGGGCAGCUCGCCGGCGGAGCUGGCAGCAGGCGCCACCGCGGCGGACGGCUCCCCGGUGCGCUACGCCUCGCCUGUGCACCGGCAGGACAGCGGCGGCGCGGGCGGCGGGCUGGUCGGCAACAGCGCGCCCGGGGAGAUGGACACGCCACGAAUGCGGCUACGCAUCUCUGCAGACGGCGGCGGGGGCCGCGGGCCGCCGCCACUCAUGGCGCCGCCGACCUUUGGCAGGCAACGACUGCAGCCCCUGGCGGCGGAGGGCAGUGGUCUGAACCUGGGCCUCGGCGCGUCGCCGCCGCUGCCGCCAAUCCCGCCGCCGAUCGUGGAGCGCUCUGGCUCAAUCCAGCGCGAGCUGUCUCUGGGCGGGGAGCCGUCUGAGCCGGCCCUCCGGACGCUGUCUGCGCCAGUGCCAGAGGCUCCGCCGCCAGCGCCACCGCCACCGCCAGCCCUCAUGCCCGUCCCGCCACCGGUCGCGCCGCCUGCGCUGCAGCUCGACAGCCCGUCGGGCGGCGGCGCCGGCGGAGGUGCGGGCGGUCGGCGGCACCGCAUGUCCCGCACGUCACUGCCGGGUGACGUCGGCGGCCUGCCCAACAGCUCCAGCGGCGGCGCCCCCGGCGUCGUGGGCCUGGCGGCGCCAACUUCCGCGUCGCUGCCGUCGCCGCUGCCCACACUGCCCGAUGAGGACUGCCCGGUGCCGGCGGAGCAGGCGAAAGCAGAGCCGGGGCCGCCUCCACCAGCACCAGAGCCGGCGCCGCCUGUGCCGGCCCCGGCCCCGGCCCCAGCCCCGCCGCGCCUGAGUUCUGCCCACGGCCCGCUGCGCCCGACCGCACCCGCCAGCCCCAGCCUCGGCCGCUAUAGCACCAGCGGCGCGCCGCCGCACCCGCACCCCCACGGCCCGCCUCACGGGCCGCUGGUGCCGCCCUCGCCGCCGCGGCAGCACUCGCCGGCAGCCAGCACGGCGCGGCGCUCCCCGCACCAGGCCGCGAACCUGGUCCUGGCAGCGGCAGGUGGUGGCGGCGGCGGCGGCAUGGCGGGCGGCGGGCUCAACGUGCAGGGCACGGGCCUGAGCAUGAGGCCGGGCCACAACCUGCCGCACCCGCUGCAACACGUGGCCGCCGCCGGCGGCAGCGGCGGCGGCUUCAGCGGCGGCGGCUCCCCGGCCCUGGGCAGCCCUGCGUCCAGCUCGCCGAUGCGUCUGAGCCACGCCAACCUGCCGCCGCGGCUGUCCGUCAACGGCAACCUCCAGAGCAGCUUCGGCAGCACCGGAAGCGGCGGCGGCGGCGGCGGUGGCGGCGGAGCUGCCGCGGCCGGGCCGAUGGCCGUCAGCAUCAGCGCCUUUGGCAGCGGCGGUGGAGCCGGCGCCGGCGCCGCCACCCCGGGCACCGCUGGCGUCACCACUGGCGGCAGUGACUACUGCCUGGACCCCGCGGUGAGCUCGCCGGCGGGGUCGGGCGUGGUGCCGCCGCUGCCGCUAGGCGGCGGCGGUCACCGGCAGCCGGCGGCGGCGGAGAACCUGCUGACGGGCCUGCGUGCGGUGGCGGCGGAGGCGGCGGACGAGAUGGUGCGGGAGGCCGAGCUGGCAGCGGCGCAGCGGGCGGCGGCGCUGAGCGGUCGCGCCCGCGCCGCCGCCGCCACAGCGGGGCUGAACACGAACCUGAACGGGCUGCGGAUGAGUGACACGGGCAGCGCCAGCGGCCGCGGUGCGCGCUUGGCUGGGGCGCCGCAGUUCCCUGGCGACCCCUGGCGGAAAUUCAACUGAGGGUUUGCUGGGGUGCUAUCGUACAUGGCAGACAUGAGAGGCGGCUGCAUACGGCGGUGGCUGGCUUGCGGGUACGUAUAAUGGAUACGGGUCAUGGCGGGUGUUCCUGAUUACCUACACAUGAGAGACACACGUGUCUCGGUUGUGUGCAUGAGGCUGAGUGUGGGCCGGACCUGCGUGUUGUGCCACAGAUCAGCAGGGUCACGCAGAGAUUGGUUCCACACCCAGAAACCCACGGGAGGAGCGCGCAUCCGCGAGCCGUAUCACAUUGGGACUGUGUGCCUGGAUCGGAUGUGUGGGACUGGUGAGAGGGAUAGCGUGGUAGGGGCUUGAAGCAUGUUUGCACGCAUGCGCACUCGCACUUGGCGACCCGCCGGAAAGGUGGCGCCUAUGGCUAAUGCCGCUGGGACAAUGGCGUGUAGGUUGUACGGCAGGUGUUGCACGAGGACGUGCGUGGCGCACGGCGCUGUAAUGGGGCACGCGCAGCUGCAUACACUCGCGGAAGGACCACUCGGACGGGGUUGCCGGCAAGGGUUAUGAAUCUCCGUCGCUCAAAGCCACGCAUACUUGAGAUUGGGGGGCAUAGCAUCGUGUUGACUGUACAUACGUGCGUGUGCGCUGCAAGAGCGCUCUUUCUUGCAUCUCGUUUUUUGACCAAAGGGCUGAGGAAAAUAGGAGCCGGUGCCUGGUUACUGGUCCGCGGCCGAGCACAGCGUUUGGAAUGCGAUAGCAGCAGUGUGACAGCUGCGUGACGUACCGCUGAUGACCUGAUGUGGUGUCUUGGGAUGUGCGCUGUGCUUGGCUGUGUGCCGGGCCGCUGGAGCGAUGGCCGGCGGUGCCUGCGCAAACCGACCAGCAAUGUCCGGGGUAUGGGUGCACUGCGGCAGGCUGCUUCGGCCUUGCACACGUUGUGUGACAUGGUGUGGGCUCAGCCGUCUUUUCCGUACAGCGCGGCCCCCACCUCGUACGCCGCCUGGAGCUUGUCGAAUGGGUUCUGAGAAUGACUUACUGCGGGCGCUGCCCAUCUGGGCGUGAUGCGCAGCGAAGUGGCCGGAUACGAAUUGGUCUCGAGCAGGGCGGGGUUCGAGGGGUGUGGGCUGCUAGCUGUUCCAGUGCCUAUGGGCUGUGGUAGACUGGUACUGCGAUUCAAACUACACGCACGACAUCGAAUCAAGUACCGAUGAACCAUGCACAGCCCACGCCAUUCGACGGCUGGCUUGAGCCUGUGGAGUGACAUAUGCGGGUAUUCUUUUGUGCACCAUCCCUGUAACCACACACUCAUAUACAGCACUCCAUAGAGUCUACGCCCUUGACGUGCUCCGUCCGUCGCACUGGCACUGCCCCCUUGGGCACCGAACGCAAGGAAGCCAGGUGGCAGGUAGCAGGAGUGUUACUAGCACUCGGAGGCUGGGGGGCUUCUGACAGGCGUUCUAGUUCUGGGACAUAGCGCCCCGUGCAAGCUGCCCAGAAAACUACCGCCUACAGCGUUGACAGGUUAUGGCCUUCGUGGCGUUGCCCCAAAUGGACACGAUUGCAACCCAUCCGUCCCACCGUCUGUUCUACACAACGUCACGGCACGGCCGGGUCUGCAGCAGCAGCAGGGGCUCGCCGAGUCCAUUAGCCCAAAACGCGGUGGCGCCGGGGUGGCGCCUCCAACGCCCGUCCCCGCAGUGACUGGCGGACCAGUGGAACAGAAGGCGGCGCAGAACUCUAGACACGUGGCUGAGGUAGAUGUAAUGUUCAAGCAGC